AUGCAUCAAAACCUUGCUAUUGAAGAAAGUCUUGGUUUUAAAUACCUUGUUCUCUUUAAAGAAGAGUAUCGAGAAAAAGCAGCUGAAGAAUUGGGAGCAAAUCCUACAGAUGAGAGUUAUAUUAAUGCUCUCAGCCCCAUACAAAAGAAAAUGGAUGGUUAA